GCCGCCUCGCGCGGGUGACGAUGCCGCGGGCAAUGAGUGGCAAUGAGGAGGACUGGCUGGCUCUCAGACCCCAGGAACCUUCUCCAUCCCAGUGCUGCGGCGGCGGCUGCAAACCCUGCAUCUACGACCUGUACGAGAAGGAGCUUGCACAAUGGGAGAGGGCCAAAGCAAAGCAAGACAGAAGCCUUCUCACAGAAAAGAGGGAGCAGGUCGAUUUACCUCCAUCGCAUCCUGGAGCCUGUGCUUUGAUGAGCAGUAAUUCAGUGCUGAAUCCAGAUACAUUCACUGCAUUCAGCGUGAGCUCGGUGGAGCAGCUGACAGAGGACACCUACCAGUACAAAUUUGAAUUACCGGGAAACAGCAGCUUGCAAUUGAGUUUAGGACAACAUAUCGUGUUAAGGGGAAUAGUGAAUGGUUUGGAGGUCCAGCGAGCCUAUACUCCGAUCAGCCCUGGGAAUGCAGAAGGUUACUUUGAAGUUCUAAUUAAAUGCUAUGAAGCUGGGCUGAUGUCACAAUACAUAAAAACAUGGAAAAAAGGAGACGUGGUCUUUUGGCGUGGGCCAUUCGGAGGGUUCCCAUACCGACCUAAUAAGGGACUUCCUGGGUUACUGUACAGUGCUACGGCGUUAGCAGUCAGCUGGAGCAUGUGCACCUUAUUGAACUGCAGAAUAUUUAAGGAGGAAGAGGAGAGGGAGCAUGGAGAACUCCUCAUGCUGGCUUCUGGCACCGGCCUUGCACCAAUGCUUCCCAUCCUCCAGUCCAUAACAGAUGAUGAAGAGGAUGAAACCUUUGUAACUCUUGUUGGCUGCUUCCCUACCUUUGACAAAAUUUAUCUGAAACCUCUUCUGCAGGAUCUGGCUCGAUACUGGAACAUCAGAAUAUUUUAUGUCCUAAGCCAGGAAACUUCAUUGGAAAAACUUCCUUGGAGCUAUCAAGAAAACACUUAUACUGGUCGUCUCAAUGAAGACUUGAUGAAGACAAUAAUAAAUUCCUGUCGAAGAAGGCCAUUUGUAUUAAUCUGUGGAUCUUCUGCAUUCAAUGAAGAUAUGACUAGAUACUUGAAAGCUGCAGGAAUUGAAGAAAAUUCCUGUUUUAUCUUUUAGCUGGAUAUUCCUGACCUCAGGAACCUUGGGCCGAAUGUUGGAUGUCGUUGUUUCUCUGCAGACAUUGCACAAAAUGGGUCAGCUCUGUAGACUGACUUCCUUGGACAUCCACCUUCAUAGGCCUUUGGAUUGACUAUUUGUCUCCAGUAUGAGUCUCAUUAUUGAGUGUUUUAAGGAAUGGGUGCCAUUCCAGAGUGGCUGCUACAAGGUGUGCCACCCACACCUCAGGGUACAGUGUGGUAAUUUUAAUGGAAGUCUUCAAGUGCAAUUUUAAGAGAGAGAUCUCCUAAGGGAGGGGGUACUAAAAAUCACCUAUGUACAGCUCUGCUCUAAAAUGAGGACCAGUGACUUGCAUUGCAGUCCAUGUUACUCUGCAGUGGUAUUGUCCCCUCUUAGGUGUCCAGAGGAGAGAUGUCAUCCUCAGGGAGAAGACUGCCUGGCCAAGGGCAGAGUACUAGCCUGGCAGUGUGGAGUCUGUGGGCUUCAUUUUGGUUCUGUCAUGUGCUGGGUGAUGUCAGGCAAGUCACUCCAACCUCUCUGUGCCUCAGUUGCCCCAUUAUACACCAAUACAGAGAAGGUGGCACUGCUUUUCUCUCAAAAGCCUUUCCAACCAUAUAUGGGAAAACUGUCCACAGGGAUGGAUAGUGAUGCCCAGUGAGGACUUAGCAGGCUAAGCUCCUGCUCUGGCAUAGCCUGCAUUACCUGCCCUGUCCUUAACCCUUGAAAUGCUGACUGGGAAGACAAAGAGUGUCCUAAAACUGAGAACACAGCUAGGUUGUGGCUGCUAUCUGUCAGGGAGGAUGGUUGUUUGCUUUCCGUGUCCCCUAAGUGUUGUGCCAUAGCCCUGGCUCAUUAAAUUGAACCUCUCUUCAAAUAAA